AAUUGGUAAUAAUCUAGAAGAAUUUUUUGCAAUUUUAAAAUGGUUGAGGAGGAUUUUUUUUAUUUUUUGCACUCUUUACAUUUAUUUAUUUAUAUUUCAACAUAUAUAGAGUGAAGAUGACGGAGUGUGAUUCGCGACUCCAAUGUCGAUGGUUAAAAGUGGAAGGAAUAGAGAGAAAUAGGGAGCCACCUACGGAUUAGGCGGGCUUUACGGCUGGAAUUGGAAGGCAAUGAGGGAGGACGACACAAUUUCAUCACCCCCUUUUGCCCAAUUUCGUUCCCAACCCAAAUAACCCACAUGACAUGCUUAAGCUUCAACCAAAACCCAUUCUCUUCCUCCUCCUCCUCCUCCUCCUUCUUCCUCUUCCUCCUCCUCCUUCCUUUCUCUGUACCGGUUCUGGUCCCACCAUGUCCCUCAAAAAGACCCCACACUUAUUCCACCAAUAUAUGCUGAAAGGAGGGUGGAUGCUUAAGAGUCUCCUAGAAAUACCCAUUGGCUCACUGUGUGUCUUUUUCUGUGAUUUGGUUGAUGAAGAUGAAAUUUAUUGGAGACAAAAGAAGGAUGAUGAUGAUUUGGCAUGGCCACAUAAUUCUGCUCAUGUAAUAUCACAGUUGACUCAAUGUUUCACUAAUGCUAUGGUUGGAUCACGAUCAUGGAUCGGAGGAAUCUUUAGCCGCUCAGGCAAUAAACGGUCUGGCAGUAACAAAUUUGUUGACUAUCCUUUGAGUCAUCUUCAGGAACAGAGACUUCAGAGACUUCAAGAACGAUUGCAAGUAUCUUUUGAUGAGACUUGCCCUGAUCAUCAAGGGGCUCUUAGAGCACUGUGGUGUGCAGCCUUUCCAGAUAUUGCUCUUAAAGGUUUGAUCUCUGAGCAAUGGAAAGAUAUGGGGUGGCAAGGUCAUAAUCCAUCAACUGACUUCAGGGGUUGUGGUUUUAUUUCACUCGAGAAUUUGCUGUUUUUCGCAAGGACAUAUCCGUUCGAAAUGGAGGCUUCUUUUCAAAGGUUAUUGUUCAAGCAAGGUGGGAAGCGAGCAACGUGGGAAUAUCCAUUUGCUGUUGCUGGCAUUAAUAUAUCAUUCAUGUUGAUUCAGAUGCUGGAUUUAUUCUCAGCAAAACCAAGAUGUCUUCCAGGAAUGAAUUUUGUUAAAUUAUUAGGAGAAGACGAAGAAGCCUUUGAUGUUCUGUACUGUAUAGCUUUUGAGAUGAUGGAUGCUCAGUGGCUUGCUAUGCAUGCUUCAUAUAUGGAGUUCAAUGAGGUUCUGCAAGCAACGCGAAUGCAAUUAGAGAGAGAACUAUCUUUAGAAGACGUUCAUCGAAUACAAGAUCUACCAGCUUACAACCUCUUGUACCAGUAGCUUUUCUUAUUAGCUUUUCUUUGAAAGCCACACAUUUUUUUGCUUUUGAUUUAGACAUUUUUGCAAUGAAUGUGGGUAGCCCAAGCAUAAGGCUUCUUGAGGUCUAAUUAGAUAGAAGGAAUAUCUGUUUUUUGGGUUUUUAAAUUUGGGGUAAUAUACCCAAUUUUUGGAGGUUUUAGGACUGAAAUUUGUAAACUUAAGUGGACUUAGUGUUACCCUAAUUUGUACAACAGUUGAAGAACUGUGUUACUCUCUUCACUGCCAGUAGAUGAUUAAUUAAGUUAUAGCUUAAUUUCUAAACAUUUAUCCA